AAUAGAAUGCUUGUGGACAUCGACGAUGCAUUUGUAGACAAGUUCCAUUUCGAAUGCCUUCUACAGCCUAACGAAUUCUUAAAUGAUGAAGGCUGGUGCAAAAGUCUUCCUAGAGAAUACUUACAUUUCUAGCAUUCUAAAGCGUGAUGGCGAGCUUACGGUGGACAAAAUAGAUCCUAGGCAUGACACCAUCGAAAAAAGGGUGGACAAUUAUCUGGAGCAUGAUAUGGUAUUUAUUCCAAUUAAUAUCACACGAUGCCAUUGGUACUUAGCAGUUGUGAACGCCCAAAAAUACGAGAUACAUGUUCUCGACUCGCUAGGGCCUACAAUGGACCGCAACGACCUCACUCUUACUAUAAGAGGAUUGGAGAAACAAAUAAAUAUUGUAUCACAGUUGAAAGAGUUUAAAGACCACAAGUGGCAAGACCUCAGGGUUGGAACAUGGCCUGUUAUAGAGAAAUUCUCAGAGGCAAUACAAACUGACAGCGUCUCUUGUGGUCUAUUCAUGCUAAACUUCAUGGAAUAUUGGACAGGAGAUAAACUAUCUGAUAGUGUGACUCAGCGUGAUAUGACGAAUUUCAGACUAAAACUAGGAGCAAUUUUGUUGGACUCCAAACUAAACACGAGGAAAGAACAUUCAUAUUUCAAACAUGACAGCGAAGAAGAAAAAAGUUCAGAUGAUGCUGUGAUGGUAGAGAGUCCUGCCAAGUGUGGCAAAUUUUUGAAGACAUCACAUCAGACGGAAGAUCAAUCGUUACUAUGUGCUCUUCCUAUUGUCACCAUGCCGACAAAUGCAUCUGAGUUAGUAGGCGAGCUUUGCAAAUUUAUCAUGUCUAUAGACCAUGCUGAAACUUUGGAGAAAGAAUGGAUUUGGAGCUAUGAGCCUCAACCGAUUAGUUUAAGCCUAAAAAAGAUACAGGAAAUAAUCGAUGUGCAAAAGCCUAUGGACAAGGAUUGUUUCAACAUGGGUGUGAGGAUGUUCGCUUGCGACGAGAUCAACUUGUUAAUGGACACCCAAUAUCACUACAUGGACCUUCAGUUCUGGUUGUUGUGUGACUUCGGACGACAUCCAAAAUAUAAAAGGAAGCUUGAUGUCCAAUUGUUGGCAAAAACAUUUGAUACGUGGCCUGGGAUGGUGUACAAUAUUUCACAGUGCAAGUUGAUUCUAUUACCGAUAUGUCAACAUGGGCAUUUCAUACUAUUUGCAUUCGACAUGGAGGCUAGAAGUGUAUCGGUAUUGGACCCACUGCCUAUACCGGAUUUUUUUAAAGGACAUGAACUCAUAUGCUUCUAUCUAUUGAGAACUCUCAAAAUUUCCAAUAAAUUGAAUCUAGCUUUAGAAGUAGCAAACCCCCCGUGGAAUGAUGACAUAUGUGAUUGGCGUCGUAUACUACCAAAUUGUGUUCCAAAGACAAAGGAUUGGUUCGACUCGGGGUUUUUUGUUAUUAACUUCAUGCGCGCGUGGAACGGUAAACAACUACAACCACCGAUUUGCACUGAUGUGCGCGAACUUAGAAAGAAGUUCUUGGUUGACCUGCUGAAAUACAAUGGGAAUGAAUCAAAAGACAACAUCCCUGAAGUUGUACAAGAAUUAGUUAAACGCAUCAGAUAGUGCAUCGUUUCGGAAUGAAAGAUUAGUGUGCUAUUAUUUUUGCUUAUGACUAUUGUACCGUUUAAUUUUUCUCUUUAACUAAGUUUUUGCUCAUAACUUUGGUUAUCUAUAAUUGUAAUAGGUUACCGUAAACAUCUACCGUAAUACUU